AUGGACGAACCAAGUGCUGUAAAUAUCCGGCUCCCAAAUUCAGAGCAAUUCCAUCUCGCCAACGGACAAGAGCAAGAAUAUCUAAUCCAAAUAUCAUGGCCCUUAGAAUUGCAGAACAGACACGACUUCGCUGGUGAAGUACCCAUUCUAUACAUUGUAGACGGCAACGCCUUAUUCCUCACAGCAACCGAAACGGCCUGGCGCCGCGCAACUUCAUCGCAAUACUCUGGUGGAGGUAUAAUCGUCGCCAUUGGGUAUCCCUCUCUACACGGGAAGUUGUACGAUAUGCAACGACGUAGCUACGAUCUUACUCCACCACAGCCAACAAAUGCAAUCGCCGGACACGGAGGCGCUGAUGUUUUCCUUGCUUUUAUUGAGAAUGCCGUGAAACCGGCCGUCAAAGCUCGGUUUCCGCACGCAAAAAUAGCGAGAGAAGCGCUGUAUGGCCAUUCAUAUGGUGGCCUGUUUGCGCUGCAUGCAUUGUUUACGAACCCGGAGUUGUUUGAUUGUUAUCUCGCUAGUAGUCCAUCGAUCUGGUGGAAUGAUCGAUUUAUCGAGAGGGAGGCUACAAAUUUCAUCGCGCAAAAAGAGAGAAAAGAGGUGGAAAACAUGUCGAGGCCGUCUUUGAUGGUCUUCUGGGGCUCCCUUGAGCAAGACGCGCCACUCCGAAAUGGCCAUGAAUCCAAGGAUGAUUACGAAGCCCGAAGAAAGGUCUGGCUGGAUUUGAGAAUGGUCGAUAAUGCGCGCGAGAUUUGUGAGAGGCUAAAGGGAUGCGAGCGGCUACAGACGGUGUUGGGUCAUGAAUUCGAGGGAGAGGAGCAUACUAGUGUCAUGGCGUGCUCGUUUCAUACCAUCGUUGGCAAGCCCCAACAAGGCCCCACCCCCGUCGACGAUCCAAGUGCCAUGCAUAUCAGAGCCGAUGACAAGGAAGCUGGCAUGAUCAAUGAAGCGCCCAUGUCAGACAAAAGCGACAUGAAGCCGAGUGAAGCUGCUCAGCCAGGUGUCAAGAAGAUCGAGGCUGUCACCAUUUCCUGGAGCAGGGGGUCAAUGUUUACAGUGUUGAUACUAAUCUGGUUCCUCACCCUCGUCAACAACAUGCGCGCCUCCAUCGUGCUCAGUCUCAGUCCCUACGCCACAAGCUCCUUCCAAGGCCACUCGCUGCUAACUGUCAUCACAAUCGUAGCCAGCAGCAUGACCUCCGCCGUCUACAUCCCCAUGGCCAAAGCACUUGACCUGUGGGGUCGAGCCGAGGGUUUCCUGCUCAUGGUCUGCUUCUGUGUCCUAGGCAUGAUCAUCCUCGCUGCCUCUCACAACAUAACAACCUACUGCGCCGGCCAAGUCUUCUACUCCGUUGGAUUCGGCGGUUUAGCUUAUAGUUGGGACGUCCUCGCUGCUGAUGUGACAAACCUACGUAACCGAGGAUUGGCGUUCGCAUUCACGUCCUCGCCGGCACUGAUAUCGGCGUUUGCGGGCUCAAAGGCUGCGGCUGAGCUUUUGGAGAAUGUGAAUUGGAGAUGGGGGUAUGGGAUUUGGACGAUUAUUUUGCCGGUUUUUGCGCUGCCGAUUUAUUUCAUGUUAGCGUUUAAUUUGCGCAAGGCUGAGAGGGAAGGGGUUCUCGUGAGAGAGAGAAAGAAGUGGAAGUUUGAUUUGCAAUCACUCUGGUGGGUUGUCACGGAGUUUGACCUUAUCGGAGUCAUACUUUUUGCCGGCGGCUUUGUCGUCUUCCUUCUCCCUUUCACUCUCGCCAGUACAGCUCCCCACGGCUGGCAGACAGGCUACAUCAUCGCUAUGAUCGUCGUCGGCUUUGUUGUGCUCAUCAUCUUCGGCCUCUACGAAGUCUACCUCGCCCCGGCCCCCUUUCUGAACUACAAAUUCCUCAUCGACCGCACGAUCAUGGGCGCAUGUUUCCUCGACAUGACGUAUCAAAUCUCCUACUACUGCUAUGCGUCUUACCUCACUUCGUUCCUGCAGGUAGUGUACGAGACAGAUGUGGCUACAGCUGGGUAUAUCAGUAAUACCUUUAGCGUGGUCUCGUUUGUCUUUCUCUUCAUUGCCGGAUGGCUCAUCCGCGUCACGGGUCGGUUCAAGUGGAUAUUGUGGGUAUGCGUGCCUCUCUAUAUCCUAGGGUUGGGACUGAUGAUUCACUUCCGUCAACCGGGCGGAUAUAUUGGGUACAUCGUCAUGUGUGAGAUUUUCUUCUCGGUAGCUGGCAGCAUAUUCAUUCUAUGUGUACAACUCGCCGUUUUGGCGGCCGUUGACCAUCAACAUGUCGCCGCGGCUCUGUCGCUGUUGUUCGUCAUGGGCAGUAUGGGCGACGCCGUUGGCAGUGCCAUUUCAGGUGCUAUCUGGACGAAUACAUUUCUGCCACAACUUGAAAAAUCACUACCGGAUUUAUCAGUGGAUAAUUUGUAUCUCAUUUAUGAGAGUCUGCCGGAACAGUUGAGUUAUCCGGUGGGAAGUCCAACGCGCGAUGCCAUUGUGCAGGCCUAUGGGUAUGCGCAGACGAGGAUGCUUGCUGCUGGUACUGCGUUUAUGGUCUUGGGCUUUGUUUGGGUAGGUCUCAUGAGGAAUUUGAAUGUGAAGACCAUGACGCAAACCAAGGGGAAUGUCUUCUAG